UAUAUUACAAGUUACAAUAUUGUUUUUUUUGGCAAAUCUUGAUAAAUCUGUGGUUCAUAAGUGCUUAGAAUUAAUAGGGUUAUGCUCGUCUUGUAAACUUACAUCUCAUGCUUAGCAUACCAAGCUACAUUACCCCUCUAAAUAACUUACGUUUCACAAAUGUUCAGCCAUAAUAAUUUUAUGUAAUACGUACUCCAUCCGUUCACAAAAAAAUCCCACAUUGUGGACGACACAUGUUUUUAAUAAAAUGGUUGGUAGUGUGUGAAUAGAGUAAGAGUUCUAUGUUAAUUGUGUGGGGAGUUGUGAAAAUCCUACUAUUAUGAAUCAUGAAUGUGACAAUUUUUUCAUAGAGGAACCGACAUAUAAAUUGUGGCAAAAAUUCAACUUUUUUCAGGAACAUGGGAAGUAUAAGUGUCACAUAACUCACCCUUUUGAUCACUAACAAGCUAUUUGUGGAAAUGUUUUAGAACUUCACUUGCAUGCGCCGUAAACAAGCUAGGUGUGUGUCGGGCUUUGAGAAAUUAAAGCCUAUCACAAUCACACAAGCAUUUUCACAUUUCUACUGUACACUGAAGUCAAGAUUUUUAUAUGAAUGCCUAAACAAAUAUGUGUCCAUGCCCAUUUGAGAAUUUGAUAUAUUUACAUUUCAAGAUAGUAGAUCUCAUCCAUGCAUUAGAUAGAUCUCUUCUACUGGUUCUUAAUGCCAUGAACUAUAUAACACGGAUACUUCACUUUGUUGCCGUAUCGCGUAUCGGAUACGUAUCCGAUACCGAUACGCGACGGAUACGCGACGGAUACGUAUCCUGGGCGUAUCCGCGGGAUGGGCCGUAUUGGGCCGGGAAACCUCAGAUUCGAUACGUAUCUCGGUGGAUACGGCCCAGUUUAAAGCCCAUCUAAAGGAGCCGGCCCGAUAGAAUUAACGGGCUGGACCAAAAAGCCCAUUUGUGAUGUAGCCCAUUGCAGCUGGAUGAACAAAUCUAGCUCUAUAAAUAAUGAUGCUCUAUACAAUAUAAGAUUCCACACAAUUGAGAAAGCCGCAGCUAGGUCAAAAACUCCCCGCCUCCAUAGAUUCGCAGUAUGGCAUCUCCAAAUCUGAGUGCUACUGCUGCUAGUUCUAGUGCUAGUUCUGCUGCUAGUUCUAGUGUUGGAUCUGGGUCCAGACAAAUAACUGAUAUCAGGGCUCCAUUGUGGGAUCAUGUCACCAUUCUAGAGAAGCCUAAACCUGGUGGAGGAAAUAUAUUAUGGAGAUGCAACUAUUGUCCAUUUUCAAAAAGCACUAGCUAUACAAGAGUUGAAGCUCAUUUGCUGCAAAAAUUAAGACAGGGGAUUAAGACAUGUCCAAAUGUUUCAUUUGAAAUGCUGAGUGACAUGAGGAGGGAAGUGGAAAAGUGUAAGGAGCUAUUGGAAAGAUCAAAGGCAUGCACUGUUUCUUUGCCUGUAGCUCCUUCAGACAACAGCAAGAGGACCAAGAGGGGGCCUGUUUCUCAAUUGGAAAAAUCAUGGGCAUUGCAAGACCGCAAGCACUUGGAUGCUUUAAUUGUUAGAGCAAUGUUUUCUGGAGGGAUUUCUUUCAACUUUCUGAGAAACCCAUAUUUUAGAGAAGCUUUUGCAUUUGCUUGCAGCCGCAAUUUGCCAAGUUACACAAUACCUGGGUAUAACAGGGCAAGGGAAUCACUGCUCAAGCAAGAAAGAAGGCACAUAGAGACUCUAUUGGAGAGUACAAAGAGCACAUGGCCAGAGAAAGGGGUCACAAUCUGCUCUGAUGGUUGGUCAGAUCCUCAGAGGAGGCCAAUCAUCAACUUCACCGCUGUUUCUGAGAAAGCACCAAUGUUUUUGAGGGCUGACAAUUGUGAAGGAGAAUACAAGUCAAAAGAAUAUAUUGCUGAGAAGUUGAGGGCUAUCAUUGAUGAAGUAGGUCGACAAAAUGUGGUACAAAUCAUCACAGAUAAUGCUGCAAAUUGCAAAGGUGCGGGUCUUUUAAUUGAAGCUGAAAAUGAUCACAUAUUUUGGACACCUUGUGUAGUGCAUACUCUCAACCUUGCUAUGAAAAAUAUAUGUGAACCUAAACUGCCAAGGACACCUACUGAUGAGGAUAUGCAGGUUUGGAGUCGAUUAGAAUUUAUAAACAAUGUCAAAGUUGAGGCUACUAUGAUCAAGAAUUUCAUAAUGAAUCAUGGCAUGCGUCUUUCCAUGUUUAAUGAGUUCAGCCAUUUGAAGUUGCUCUCUAUUGCUGAAACAAGAUUUGCAUCGGUUGUGUGUAUGCUAAAACGGUUUGUUGAGGUAAAAGCAGCUCUCCAACACAUGGUGAUUAGUGACAAAUGGAGCAUCUACAAAGAGGAUGCUUCAACUGCCCAACAUGUAAAGGAAAAAAUACUAAGUGAUGUCUGGUGGGGCAAUGUGGAAUACAUUCUUAGGUUCACUAGUCCUAUCUAUGAUAUGAUACGCUUUGCGGACACCGACACCCCGUGUCUUCACUUAAUCUAUGAGAUGUGGGAUUCAAUGAUUGAGAAAGUGAAGAAAGAAAUAUAUUUGUAUGAAGGGAAGGAACCAAAUGAGGAGUCAGACCUCUACUCUGUUAUUCAUGAUAUAUUGAUUGCUAGGUGGACAAAAGGCAAUAAUCCACUUCAUUGUUUGGCUCAUUCACUCAAUCCAAGAUUUUACAGCAACAUGUGGCUUCAAGAAGGUGCUGGCCGACUACCCCCCCACAAGGACAAGGAAAUAUCACAAAUGAGGAUGACUUGCUUCAAGAAAUUCUUUCGCAUACCGCAAGAGUUGGCUGCAGUGAAGGAAGAAUAUGCAAGGUUUUCUAGUUGUUCAGAAGAAUUCAAUGACCCUGAUUCUAUACAUGAUAGAUGGGCUGUUUCCCCAAUGACAUGGUGGACAAAUCAUGGACAAUCUAUCCCUCUUUUGAUGAGUUUGGCCAUGAAACUGCUCAGCCAACCGGCCUCUUCUUCUUGCUGUGAAAGAAAUUGGAGCACAUAUAGCUUCAUCCAUAGUGUCAAGAGAAAUGCCUUAACUCCUGAGCGGGCUGAAGAUUUGGUCUUUGUGCACUCAAAUCUGAGACAUUUGUCAAGAAGAACUGAUGCAUACAAGAAAGGAGAGACAAGGAUGUGGGAUGUUGGGGGAGAUUCUUUUGAUUCCCUUAGUGGUGUUGGUCUUCUUGAAGUUGCUGACCUCUCCAUUGAUGAACCUGAGUUGCAGGCUGUAUCAUUUGGAUUGGGUGAUGCCGAGGAUGAAGGUGUGGAGCUGGAGGAGACGGGGAAUGAGGAAGAAGCUUGAUGUUGAUGGCUUGAUGCUAGUUUGCUACUACCUUUUAAUUAUUUCCUAAUUUAGAACCUGCUGCUAUCAUGUUAUUUUGAGUGUAAUAGACCUUUAAUGUCUCUAUGUUGAAUUAGAAUAUCUAUUUUGUAAUUUAUUUUGCACUAUUAUUAUUUAUUAAAAAAAAUAGUUAAAACGUA